UGAAGUGCGUUUCAGAGUCUGAAUCAUGAAGAACAGAAGAGCUCACUGGGAGUGGUGCGGACAUUGUGUAAUACGCGAAUAGGACACUUUAUUUGCGCUCGUGUUGCCUGUGUGAAGUUAUAAUGCAGCUGCUGCUGCUGACCUCCAUGAAGUGUUCAAGCUCAGAUAAAGUCGGACAGACAGUGAUAACGGAUACCGGACACAUACAGGACAGACCCGCAGAAUAAGAGUGUGAUUGUCACAUUGGAGGAGAGAUGGGGAACGCAGGGAGCAUGAACCAACACACUGACCCCAGAGGACACCACAUGCCCCUCAAACUGCCCAUGCCCGAGCCAGCCGAGCUGGAGGAGAGAUUUGCGCUCGUCCUGAACUCAAUGAACUUGCCUCCAGACAAAGCAAGAUUACUACGGCAGUACGACAAUGAGAAGAAAUGGGAACUCAUUUGUGACCAGGAACGAUUCCAGGUGAAGAAUCCUCCUCACACAUACAUCCACAAGUUGCAGAGUUAUCUCGACCCGGCCGUGACCAGGAAGAAGUUCAGGAGGAGAGUGCAGGAGUCGACGCAGGUCCUGCGGGAGCUGGAAAUCUCAUUACGGACCAAUCACAUUGGGUGGGUGCGGGAGUUUCUGAAUGAGGAGAAUAAGGGUUUGGAUGUGUUGGUGGAGUAUCUUUCAUUUGCACAGUAUGCUGUCACGUUUGACGGUGACAGCUCUGAGAACAGCACAGAAAACUCUGUGGAUAAAUCUAAACCCUGGAAUCGAUCAAUUGAAGAUCUCCAUGGAGGAAACAACCUCUCAUCAGCUGUCACAGGCAACAGCAUCUCCAGAGCCAGCAGACAUUCAACGAUAAGGUCUAAUACAUUACCCAGCCGGAGGACGUUGAAGAAUUCCAGAUUAGUAUGUAAGAAAGACGACGUUCAUGUGUGCAUCAUGUGCCUACGAGCCAUCAUGAACUACCAGUAUGGCUUCAACAUGGUCAUGUCUCACCCUCAUGCUGUGAAUGAAAUUGCACUAAGUCUGAACAAUAAGAAUCCCAGGACUAAAGCUCUGGUGCUGGAGCUGCUGGCUGCCGUGUGUCUGGUUCGAGGAGGUCAUGAGAUCAUUCUCUCUGCUUUUGAUCAUUUUAAAGAGGUGUGUUCAGAAGAUCAGCGGUUUGAGAAACUCAUGGAGCAUUUCAAGAAUGAAGAUAAUAACAUCGACUUCAUGGUUGCCUGCAUGCAGUUCAUAAAUAUUGUGGUUCAUUCAGUGGAAGACAUGAAUUUCAGAGUGCACUUACAGUACGACUUCACCAAGCUGGGUUUGGACGAAUAUCUGGAUAAACUGAAGCACACCGAGAGUGAUAAGCUGCAUGUGCAGAUUCAAGCAUACCUGGAUAACGUGUUUGAUGUCGGGGCUCUGUUAGAGGACGCAGAGACCAAGAACGCAGCGCUGGAGAGAGUGGAGGAACUAGAGGAGAACAUGUCUCAUCUGACAGAGAAAUUACAGGACACAGAGAAUGAGGCGAUGGCAAAAAUCGUUGAGCUGGAGAAGCAACUCAUGCAAAAAAAUAAAGAGCUGGAGUCUGUUCGGGAGGUGUAUAAAGACGCCAGCUCUCAGGUGCACACCCUGCGGCGGAUGGUGAAAGAGAAGGACGAGACCAUUCAGAAGCAGUGCAACCUGGAGAAGAAGAUCCACGAGCUGGAGAAACAGGGAACCAUCAAGAUCCAGAAGAAAGCGGACGGGGACAUUGCCAUCCUGACGCCCCCUCCACAGGGGAACGGGCAUCUGCCAGGGUCACAGGGCAUAGCUGGGGUGUCCGGUGAGGGCAUGGUCAGUCACGUAGGUGUGGCUAACGGGGCGGCACAAGGCAUGAGCAUGCCUGAUCCUCCCCCUCCCCCUCAUCCUAUGCCGGUGACACGCCCCGCUGUGGAUAUAUCUGCCCCUAUGCCCCCUCCACCGCCCCCCAUGGCUCCUCCACUUCCAGGCUGCGGCUCUCCCACCGUCAUCAUGAACUCAGGACUGGCAGCUGUGAAGAUCAAGAAACCCAUCAAGACUAAGUUCCGGAUGCCGGUGUUUAACUGGGUGGCACUGAAACCCAAUCAGAUCAACGGCACUGUGUUCAACGAGAUCGAUGACGAAAGAAUACUGGAGGAUCUGAAUGUGGAUGAGUUCGAGGAGAUGUUUAAGACGAAAGCACAGGGGCCUGCCAUAGACGUCACCUCCAGCAAACAGAAGACCUCUCAGAAAGGACCAAAUAAAAUCUCGCUGCUGGACUCCAACAGAGCUAAAAACCUGGCCAUCACGCUCAGAAAAGUGGGCAAGACAUCAGAGGAGAUCUGCAGAGCCAUUCAAAUGCUUGACCUGCGGACGUUGCCGGUGGAUUUCGUGGAGUGUUUGAUGAGGUUCAUUCCAACGGAAGCGGAGCUGAGAGUUCUCCGGCAGUAUGAGAAGGAACGCAAACCUCUGGAGAACCUGACGAAUGAGGAUCGCUUCAUGAUCCAGUUCAGCAAGAUCGAGCGUCUCAUGCAGAAGAUGACCAUCAUGGCAUUCGUGGCCAAUUUCACAGAGAGCAUUCAGAUGCUCACGCCGCAACUUCACGCCGUUAUUGCCGCAUCUGUCUCUAUCAAGUCCUCACAAAAACUCAAGAAGAUUCUGGAAAUCAUCUUGGCUCUGGGAAACUACAUGAACAGCAGUAAACGAGGAGCGGUGUACGGCUUCAAACUGCAGAGCUUAGACCUGUUAUUAGACACUAAAUCGACAGACCGCAAGGUCACUCUUCUGCACUAUAUCGCAAAUGUAGUGAAGGAAAAAUACCAGCAGGUGUCGCUCUUCUAUAAUGAGCUGAACUAUGUGGAGAAAGCUGCAGCAGUGUCUCUGGAGAAUGUCUUAUUAGAUGUGAAGGAGCUUCAGAGAGGCAUGGAUCUGACCAGGAGAGAGAACAGCAUGCACGGCCACAACACAAUGCUCAGAGAUUUCAUACAGCAAAAUGAGAACAAACUCAAGAAACUUCAGGAUGAUGCCAAGAUCGCUCAGGAUGCCUUUGAUGAAGUGGUGAAAUUCUUUGGAGAGAACUCCAAAACAACACCCCCGUCCGUGUUUUUCCCAGUGUUUGUGCGCUUUGUGAAAGCAUACAGGCAAGCAGAGGAGGAUAACGAACAGAGGAAAAGACAGGAGCAGAUGAUGAUGGAGAAGCUGAUUGAGCAAGAAGCUAUGAUGGAGCAAGAGGAUCAGAAGUCUCCCUCUCAUAAGAAUAAGCGGCAGCAGCAGGAGUUGAUUGCGGAGCUGAGGAAAAAGCAGGUGAAGGACAGCAGACACGUCUAUGAGGGUAAAGACGGAGCCAUUGAGGACAUCAUCACAGAUCUGAGAAACCAGCCUUACAGGCGUGCUGACGCCGUCAGGAGAAGCAUUCGAAGACGUUUUGAUGAUCAGAAUUUGCGGCCAAUCAACAGUGCAGAGAUGGUCAUGUGAUGAGGGCAGAGUGGAUGUGACUGGAUGGAGUGGAGGAGGAGCUAAUAAAGGACUGAUAAAGAUGACAGCAGGUCUGAAAGCCAAGUGCCUACAUUUAACAUCUGUCCCAUCAGGUGUUGAAUCAUACAUGUGUUUUAGUCAAUGUCUUCUGUCUGUGAAUUUUUAUAUGACAAACUGUGUAUUGAUCUGUCUUUUAUCUUAUGGCGCUUAAAUUGUAUGGCUAGAUCAGUGUUUUUCUUGAGAAAGUGUCCGAAUGUAAAGCUAUUCCAACACUUUAUGUAUCAUGAACCUGUACAAAGGCCUCUUACAUUCCAGUGCUUUCGCCACAGAUUAAAACCGACCACUCGUGUGUUCUCCGAAUCUACUGGUCGGUCUUAAAGAAGCCCUGUAGGGUUCGUCAGAGCCUGUUUUUAUUGUGGCGUUCACAUAGGGGGCACACUCUUGUGUUAAAAAAACAGACAGAUAGAGCCCAACAGAAUGGAAUACAGGUUGAGAACCAUUUUAAAAAGUUUUGUAAAAAUGCCAUGUUGAUGGUUUGAGAUGCUGCAGGGUGCGACACAGCGGCCAAAGAUAACAAUAAUAAGAACAUUCCUCACUUAAGAUGAUUUGAUGUCUGAUAGUAGAGGUAU